CUCUCCCUGAUCUAAUAAAUAAAUCGAGAGUGAAAGAGAGAAGAGGACCCUUGCUUCUGCACUAGAAAGAAAACCAAUACUGGAAGAUGCCGGAAUAUUGUGUCACAGGUGGAACAGGUUUCAUAGCAGCAUACUUGGUCAAGUCCUUGCUAGAGAAAGGUCACACCGUGCGGAUCACAGUGCGAGACCCAGGGAAUGUUAGAAAGGUGGGGUUUCUUCAGGAGUUUAAUGGAGCCAAGGAGAGACUCAAGAUUUUCAAAGCCGACUUGCUGGAAGAAGGCAGCUUUGACGAGGCAAUUCAAGGCGUUGAUGGGGUCUUCCACAUCGCUGCACCGGUGCUUGUUCCUUAUAGUGAUAGAAUUCAGGAAACUUUGAUUGAUCCAUGUAUUAAGGGCACCCUGAAUGUGCUGAACUCCUGCUUGAAAGCUAGUAGUGUGAAACGGGUUGUGUUCACGUCUUCAUCUUCCACAGUGAGAUACCAUGAUGAUACGCCACAAAUUUUCUCUCUUAAUGAGUCACAUUGGAGUGAUACUGAGUACUGCAAACGCCAUAAUCUCUGGUACGCCUAUGCAAAGACCGUAGCAGAGAAAGAGGCGUGGAGAGUAUCAAAAGAAAAUGGGAUUGAUCUGGUAUCCUUCAUCCCAUCUUUCGUAGUUGGUCCAUUGCUUGCACCAGAACCAAACAGUACACUGCUUUUGAUACAAUCUGUAGUUAAAGGCUCACGAGGAGAAUAUCCAAACAUGACGGUGGGGUUUACGCACAUAGAUGAUGUGGUUGCUGGUAACAUUUUAGCAAUGGAGAAUAGCGAAGCAUCAGGCAGGCUAGUAUGUUCAGGCCCAGUAGCUCACUGGUCACAGAUUAUUAAGAUGCUCAGGGCCAAAUAUCCAUCCUAUCCGUAUGAAAACAAGUGUAGCAGCCAGGAAGGAGACAACAUCCCACAUAGCAUGGAUACCACUAAGAUUGCUCAGUUAGGAUUGCCCCCUUUCAAAACACUUGAACAAAUGUUUGAUGACUGCAUCAGGAGUCUCCAAGAGAAGGGAUUUCUCUAAAUCCCAUAAUUUAUGCUUUAAGCUCAAUAAUAUUGGAAAAUUUGUUUUCAAACUAGUGAAUGACAUCUGUAUUUCUCGUAAUCAAGUGUGUUUGAUAGUAGCUAGUGACUACUAAAUAAUGAGAAGGCUGCUUGCUGGCCUUCAAUUAUAAUUCAUAGAAUUCUUGACAAUAUUUCUUCUCUUAUAUCUGUAACUCAGUCCCUUUCAUUCUUCUUA